UUAUCACCAACUUGUCUUCUGUCAUCAGGUGAUUGGAAUUGGGAGUAAAAAUCCUGAAUAGGGAUAAAACGCUAAUAUUUUAUUAAAUCAAUAUGUCUGGAAAAGAUAAAUUAGCGAUUUUCCCUUCUCGGGGGGCUCAAAUGUUAAUAAAAGGCCGUCUGGCUGGAGCACAGAAAGGCCAUGGUCUCUUGAAAAAGAAAGCAGAUGCUUUACAAGUUAGGUUCCGUAUGAUCCUGGGAAAAAUUAUUGAGACUAAAACCCUUAUGGGUGAAGUGAUGAAAGAGGCUGCAUUUUCACUGGCUGAGGCUAAGUUCACUACUGGAGACUUUAACCAAGUUGUGUUGCAAAACGUUACUAAAGCUCAAAUUAAGAUCCGUUCCAAGAAAGACAAUGUUGCUGGUGUCACCCUCCCAAUCUUCGAGUCAUACCAAGAUGGCUCUGAUACAUAUGAGUUGGCUGGUCUCGCCCGAGGUGGACAGCAGCUCACCAAGCUGAAGAAGAACUUCCAGAGUGCAGUAAAACUGCUCGUCGAAUUGGCUUCCCUCCAGACGUCUUUCGUCACCUUGGAUGAAGUUAUCAAGGUCACCAAUAGGCGUGUUAAUGCUAUUGAGCAUGUUAUUAUCCCGCGGCUGGAGCGUACACUUGCGUACAUCAUUUCCGAACUGGACGAGUUGGAGCGUGAAGAGUUCUACCGGCUCAAGAAGAUCCAGGACAAGAAAAAGAUUAUCAAAGAUAAGGCAGAAGCGAAAAAAGCUGCAAUGCUCCUGGCGAGCAGAGACGUGCGCGACAACAUCGCGAACUUACUCGACGAGGGAGACGAAGACUUGCUCUUCUAAAUUCCAUUUAGGAUCC